UUGAAACAGAAGCAAAAAAUUGCAUUUAUUUAGUGGGCUGCUACCAGGCCAGCAGCAGUAAGCAGUUUAUCACAGAAGUGGGAGCUGAAUGACACCGCAGCUAUAAUGCAGGGUGAUUUACCACAAUGCUGGUGCUUAUAGAAUGAGAGAAUAAACAACUGACGGUGGCUGCGAACAUCUGCUGAACAAUAAAAAGGGUCACAAAGCAAGUGAGAGGGGCCCAUGGGAAGGAGCUGAAUUUUGAAGUGUUCUCAAGCAGAUGUGUAUUCAGAGUUUCUGGAAAAGCAGCAGGACGAAUGAACGAUCUCAAAGAAUAACUUCAGAAGCAUGAGCAACUCUGUCCUCACUCCACGUGUGACAGAAAUACACCGUGGCUGCUGAGAUGCAAGUCUUGUUGCUGGCUUGACAUGCCUAAGAAUGUAUCCGAGGCAGCCUGGGAUGUCUCUUAAGGAAGUGAUAGAGAAGAAAAGAAGUGACUAGUGUAAUACUAAGAACCCCUGUGAGGGGUACGAUGCCGUAUGUGUGUCCUAUGAGCAAACGGUGAUGGGGGGUGCAGUGCUAACUGGAACGCAGCCAUCAGGGUGGGAGAGAGAGGAAAACAGGGGCCAGACAGAUGUGAAACACAAGAUUUUUGAAAAACAGAGGAAAACAUAUGUAAGCAUUUACAUCUGGACAGAAGGAACUCUGAAGGACUAAGACUGGACUGAAGGGAGGCAAUAAGCUGCAAGGCUGGAAAGGGGCUCACAGCACUCCAGAUGAGCAUAGCGAAGUGGGGGUAGGCAACAGUUGGAUGGACUGAAUCAAAGGUUAGGUUUUGUUUGUUUGUUCAAAUUACUGUGCUAAAAAAAGAGCCAAAGAUGAAGGUGCAGUCAGUGGGAGGGGGUGUCCAGAAGGCCUGCUGUGCCCGUGAAUUCACUUGUCAGGGCUGGCAACCCUGUGCUCCCUCUGGCAGGACCGUGUUAGAAAGCGCUCGGACUGAAGGAGGAGGAAAACCACCCCUGUUCCCACCGACCUCCUCUCGCUUUUUUAUUAGUAUUUUUUGAACAUCCAAGACAGAAUGAUAGAUUUAAUGCUACUUUAUACAUCAGUUAUUCUUGUAAUUUAGUCAUGGCUUCUUUCACGUUAUACUGCAGGGAAUUAACUAUAUUAUAAAAUGAAACCGGUAUCAAUUAUAAGUAUACUACCUGUCAAACUGGUCAAUGAUUGCACCACGAAGACAUAAAUGAUAGGGUUGGAAGAGGCCUGUUUUUCAGCCCAGCACCCAGCAUCAAGCAGGAUUUUCUUCUACACUAAGGUUAAAAGCAUUUUAUCUGAGCUGUAUCAUUAUAUUAUAAACAAUAGCAACUCAGCGACUGCACAAGGAAGGUGUAUUUGGACCUUACUUGCCUGCACUGCUGCAUUUUUUCCCCUCUCGUCUAACCUGGGCAAUCUAGUUUUACUUUUCUGUAUAUCCAGCUAACAACUCUUCUGUUAAUCCCUAUGGCAUGUAUGUAAACUAGUAAGCCGAAAAAAAUGUCACGUUAUCCAGACUUUGAGGUAACAGCAGCAUGACAUGGCUUUCUCUUGCGCUUGAGAGUUCAGAGGGUGCUCCUCUUGAGGCACAACUAAUUGCAGGUAUGCUACUUUUCAGAAAUACCAAUCAUCCAUUAUUUAAAUUGUUAAGGAAUAAUCCAUAAAUAAUAUUUAGCGCGUCGCUUUCUAAAAGCACCUUACAAACCCUGAUGAGUAGCUGACAAUCUACUAAGUCAUGGCUCAUGCAUAUAUGCACAGGUCUGGCAAAGCCUUUCAGUUCUCUCAUCCUCCACCUGAACAAGCCUGUGCAGUGGAGCAAAGCUCUGCUUGGCCUUCCCCGUGCAGUACUCCUUGUUUUCGGUCUCUGCAGAAAUUAAAGAGAUCCUUUGGAACUCUAGAAGAGAAAGUAUGAAUCUUAGGCCUCUUUAGAGACUUCGUUUGUUGGCAACAGCUUUAUUAGCUACAUAUGGCUUGUAAUAAUAUUACAGCUUGUCAAAAUGCAUAUUCAGAGGUCAGAUUAUCUAGGUAAGAGCUAUUUCACGUAUUGAUGAUAACUCAACAGGGUCAGUAGACUAAAGCAUUUAUUUUUCUAAACUGCACAGUAUGAGAUAGCGCUACACUAGGAUAAAGGCGUAUGUGUGUUUUGUUUGUUUUUAAAUCAAAUAAAAUAAUCAGUGCAGAAUGGUCGUGCUUGAAACUGUUAACCAACCUGCUCUGCAACUUGGUGCUGCCCUAUGUAUUUCUGAAGAAAACAACUGAUUACAGCUAUGGACUCUAUAGUAGAACAAAGCAGCACUUCAUUUUUUCUUACUCAUUAACUGAAGUUUACUUUAUGCAUUUUUUCUAAAAUAAGUUUUGCCACCAAGUGCUCUUAACUUUUUGCAUGUUGUAAGAAAUUUUCCUCAAGUGUGAUGUGUAGAUUUUUAUCUAAAUAAAAUCACCAUUAAUUUUUAUGACAUGUAAAAAAUUGGCUUCCAUCCAAUUAUCCGAGCUUUAGAAGUACUUCUAUGCUAAUACCUUGCCUACUUUGCUGUUUCCCCAGCAAACUUAGGAUGAUUAAAGUCCUUCUGAAGUUUUGACGCAGCCAAGACUGGAUGGCACAGUUUGUAACACAGUUAUUCAUGGCAUGUUUAAUUUUGUCUGUGGACUACAUAUCAAAAAGAAAUAUGUGAAUUCUCUGCUAUUUAGGAGCUACAGUGGCUUUACAAUAUUCAUAGCAAAUUGUUAGGUAUGAAACAAGAAGCACUGACCUUGCCUAUAAAAAAAAAAUGCACUGAAAAGGGCAACUCAACUCAAGCAUGGACAUGCUUCAUUUUAAGGAUGGAGAGAACAUACAUCAUUAAUUGUGUGUGACGUGAAUACUGGGCACAACCCUCUGUCCAACUUCUCAAAAAAAGGAGACAGUGCGGAAUCCCUAACACCAUCACAAAGUGAGGACCGGUCUUAUUUUACUCCUUCUUCUCAACACCAAAGCAAUCUUAAAAAUUCAAACGCCCAGAAACUCGUCUCCCUACCUUCUACAAGUCACCUUUGUAAGCAGGACAAGCACUUGGGCGAUUCUUAGCGCAAUACUCUGCCUGUUCAGGAUGUAUCAUCUGAAAAACUGAAACCUCAAAACUGUAUAUUCUUACCACAGGUUAAAAAUAAAGCACAUGCUCUUGACCAAGAGCUGUCGGUGGCAGGGAAGGGGCCCUCAAACGUCCCCAUCCGACAGUCCCCUACCAGCUCUGCUCGCUGCCGCAGCCCCAGCAUCGCCUGCCGUGAAUGCGAAGCCCCGAGGCUGAGCGCACCCCAGCAGCUCGCUCCGCUGCCAGCCCGGCCUCUCACUUCUGGAAAAAAAGGGCUGUAAACAGCGAAAGGGAGGGGCCUGGCGGCGCACAAACUUGUGAGUAAGUCACCGGGGAAAAAACAAGUGCAGCGUGCGGCGCGCCGUGGGGCGGGAGGCAAUGUGCCCCAGGAGAAGAAGGCCGAGGCGUUUUGUCCAGCUCCCCUCAUCGCAGACGGGGCGCCCGCAGGUCCCGCGGCACGGAGGAACGUGAGAUGGAGCGGGAGGAAAGCUGGUAACCAACAGAGAAGAUACAAAAGCUAAAAUCACUAUGUGGAGCUGUGAAACCUUAAACAGUACCAAGAACAGUGAGGACCAGCAUCUCUGCCAUGACUUCCACCUUGUGCUUUCCAUCUUUUCCCUACUCUACCUCCUUAUAUGUUUCCCCAUCAGCCUUUGCUACAAUGGCUUGCUGGUCCUGGUUAAUCUGUAUAACAAAGCAACUAUGACAAUGCCAGAUGUUUACUUUGUCAACAUAGCCAUUGCCGGUCUCAUCAUCAAUGCUCUGGCACCAAUGUACCUUCUAGGUCUUGCCAAUACAAAAUGGGCCAUCUGGAAUUCUAACAACGAAGUUUAUAUUACCUUGCUUAUUUUAUUCAACGUCUCAUCUUUAGUUACCAUGUACUCUACAACGUUACUCAGUCUGGACUACUACAUCGAACGCGCUCUACCUAGAACUUACAUGUCAAGUGUGUACAACACCAAGCACGUCUGUGGAUUCAUAUGGGGUGGAGCCAUGCUGACAAGUUUCUCAUCUCUUCUAUUCUACGUCUGCAAUCAUGUAUCCACUAAAAUAAUCGAAUGUUCCAAGAUGCAGAACAAAGAGGCAGCAGAUGCCAUUAUGGUCUUUAUCGGGUAUGUUGUACCAGCUGUCGCAGUACUGUAUGCACUUAUAUUGAUCUUGCGAAUACGCAAAGAGGCUACACCACUGGACCAAGACACUGGACGAUUAGAUCCAUCAGUGCACAGGCUUUUGAUUGCCACAGUCUGUACACAGUUCACAUUAUGGACACCCUAUUACGUUACCCUUUUGGUAAGCACAUUUACUUAUGCACAAGGAAGACUUGCAGAUGAAAAUUACAGUCGAAUAUUACAUUUUACCAAGAUUUUAUCCAAAUUCUUGGCUUUCUCAAGCAGCUUUGUAAUGCCUCUGCUGUACAGAUACAUUAACAAAAACUUUCCUAACAAACUACGACGUUUGCUUAAAAAGAUACACUGUGGGAAUCAAGGGUGUUCUCACGAACGCACAGCGGUACAGCAAGUUAUGACAUAGGUAUAAAAAAACACCGGUGCUGUUACUGCAGGACGUAGUAUACCAGUAUACUAGUACUCAGACUGCUACUGCUGUGUGGGCACCCAAAGUCACUGAUGUGACAGUCCCAACCAGGAGACUUGGAGGAGCCUUCGAUUAAUGAAACAGUCUUAAUUUUCAAAUAGUUAAUUAUUUGCUGAGAUCUUGUAAGACUCUGGCCUAUGUGCUGUAAUACCUGUGACAUCUAAUAUUUUCAGUGCACUGAACUUGUUACAAAGCGUAAGCUCUGUCUUCAUCGUUCUAAUAUUCCUGUCUGAAGAAAUCGCUAAGCAGUUUAUUGAAGUACUGACUGAAUACACAGCACCUUGUAUCUUGUAGAGGAAAAGGUAUUACCUUAUUUUCUGUACAAAGAAGUCACAGUGCUAUUCUUGAUGAAGUAAAUAGUAUUUUUCAAUGAAGAUGAUAUAAUGAUCUUUACUAAAGAUCAUACUAUCCAAUUAUACAUGUCCAAAUAGUAAAUGUUAAUUAUAAAUUAAAUUAUUUAAUUUCUUUCUCCAUCACUGAAUUCCCUCUAAAAGAUGUCUAAUUUACUAUUUUCAGAAAUUAUAUUCUCACACAAACUAACCUAAGUUUUUAACAUGUGCAGUAAAUCAUUUUUUUUCUAGAUAUAACAAUUAACAAAACCUUGUUUAUUCUUCCAGUGCUUUGUUGGCAUCCUAAGACAUUUCAAGAAUUCAGAAAUAUUUAUUAACUAAUUCAAGGGGAACUGAGAGAUGUUUAUCCCACAUAUUAAAAUGAAGGACACGGUGGUUUACAAAGUUAAAUCAAAAUUCAAGUAGUAAAGAAUGUCUGGCUAAGUGUUAUGGUCCACAUAUGUUCAUGUAACAAGAGUAAUUGUCUUAAAAAUAAAUAUGUUUAUGAUUAACAUUUUGUAUUUUCAAGGGAUAUGUUUGCAACAAAUCAAUUGAAAUCUCUUUAAUCUAGGGCAUCACUGGAAGUUUGGAAAUCAUACAAAAUCCUUCAAUACUUACAAGAUUUUAAAAUGGGAGUAAUAGGUAUGAAUUCCAGUCAAGAUCAGCUUUUUGCUGACCUGUGAAAAAUGGACUGCCUCCCAAUGUGAUUCUUGAAUACACAGUAAAAGUAUAGUUUCUGUAUUUCACAAUGGGGAUGAAGAAAUCCAAUCCAGAUUGCCAAAUUCUACAGUUCAGAGUGUAUGAAAUACACGAGAAAUACAAACGUUGCUGAAGGAAAAAAAACCUAAAGUUACUCACAAUAGCAAACUGAAUUGCUGCCCCUGUAGCUGUUGCUGAGUUGUUAAUAAUGCACGGGGUAGAAGUUAAAUUGAUAUUCUCCCACCAGUCUGGGGACAGCGAGGCAUCUUUGUCACUGGCCCUGCAAUAAAUCAUUUCAUUACUUUAUCUGUCACAACACAGCUUACUCCACAUGACUUCAAUCAACAACUGUGGCAUGUUGAGCCUCUGGUAUGGAAAAACCAUGGAGUAGAAACAGAAUUAAACCUUUUCCAUUGCACAAUCUUAUCUCAUAAUUGGCCCUAAUUUAUCAGCAUGGAGACAUGCUUAAGUUUUACGUGGGAAGGAGGUGAGGAACAGUCUUUUCAGAUCUUCUCCCUUCUUUUCAACAUUACUCAAGCCAUUUCUUCACAUAGCCAUCUUUGCUUAUCUGAUUCAUAUACAAUCAUCCCUUAAGUUAUCAACAUUGUGGUGGAAGACUCUCCAUUACUCUCAAGUUUUCAAGAGCAUUUCAUAUCUUAGUGAAUGUUUAACCCUUAGAACCCUAUACAGUAAGUCAUUUAUUUCGGUGGUGGUUUCUCCCCAUGAAAGCUAGCCAGCACAAUUACACCACUUUACUUCAUAGCUUUAGCCUGCUGAUUAAAACCACGUCAAGGAAGGAAGCCUUUCCUUAUCGCUGUGUCCAAUUCACACACUGAUUUAUGCCUGUGUGCCAACACAAUACUGGCUUUUUUUUGGAAACCAUUGGGUUUUUGUUUUGUUUCUUCCCUUAACUUGAGAGUUUCUAAGUAUUGUGAGCUACACUCACUUUAAGCAUUCAAGCACUCACUUCCACCUAAGUUCCUCGGAAACCUUUUCUUGGAACCGUUGAACAAAUCGUCUCGUCCUCCCACCCGAGGGACCCCUAAAGCACCACGUUAAAUCUCUCACGUAAAAGCUGUUAAAGAAUUUCUGACCCAUUACGCAGGAAGACGAAUUCCAGCCGGGAGGAACUGGCUUAUCUGGUGUGAGUGGAGGCUCCCAGAACUGGGACCCUGCCAGGACGGUGGGGCUGAGCAGGCAGCACUAGGGGCACACUUAACUCGUAUGCUGUUUACUUGCUUCCAUUUCCCCCUUUUCCUAGGACACCUUACUUUCUGUGCCUAACAGACUGUUGCAUUUAUUUCUGUUCCUUUCUCCGUGCGUUAAAUUCCUAGUUUCAGAUCAUGUCUCUCAUCAUCUUUCUUCAUUUUUUUUCCUCAUCUUUUUCAGUUCUCUAUCUGAAUGUGCUAUUCUGUUUAAUUUUCAUUUUGCUCCUCUGUUACCUUUCAUGCUUGGUCCUUUACACUUGGGACUGUGCACCACUCGCAUUUACCUACUAGACAAAUUCUGUCACUGCAACUCAAAUUCCACUCAGUGAUUUGACAUUACAAACGGAACUGAUCAGAAAAAUGGAAGCUGCUACUUAAGAGAUGGAGAAAGAACAAGUUUUAUAUAAUUUACCCUUGAAACCUCAAUUUUGAUUUUUUCUAAUGAUCCUUCUUAUUGCAGCAGAGCUGAGAAUGUUUGUGUGUAUCCUUGAUAACAUAUUAAAUGUGAUGGCAAUCAUAUAGGCAAACAGGUUUUAUAAUUCAAUGAACAAAACUGAUACAAACUCAGAUUUUUAAGAGUUAAUUUGAUAUAUUAGUUGCCUCAAAGAAACUGUGCCAUGGAACUGACUGCUAUUGUAAGGAAAUGCGGAACUUAAUUUCAAUGCCCUCACAUGGUAUCUCUUCAAAAGCAAUAUCCCACAAAGCAAAAACUUUGCAAUAUUUAUAUAAAAACAGUACAUGUGCAAGUACAUUAAAAUUCUUAAGGAAAUGCACAGUAACAUAACAAUAGAAGAACUUUUAUGCGCAAUUCUUUAACAUAUAAAGUUCUCAAAAAUGGGUCCUUUUCCAUUUCAAUACCCCACGGUUUCUGGUAACUUUGUAAAUAGGGGCUUGUCCAUUUUGCAUUUAAUUAAAUAUGAAUAAAAUACUGUAUAUAUGCAAGAUAAAAAUCAGCCUACUGAUGUAAAAAGAAUUUGCAAAGAAUUUAUUAAAUUAUUUCUUAAAGUGUAUCGUUUAAAUGUAAACCUCUGAACAGUAAGGUGUACUGUAUGUUUCCGUGUGUAUAUACUGUACAUUAGAAAAAAGCACUACUUAAGUGCCAUUAUUAACAGUGUUAUUUUCUCACAAAAUUAAACUUAAUAUUUGAGAUGAUCUAUGGCUUAUAGCCCUCUUCCUGACUAUCCAAUUAAGUCAAAUCAGUGAACUAACAAAGAUGUUCAUCUCUGCUUCUGCUGAAAGUAUUAACACAGCCAGUUUAAAACAGGUCCAUGUUGCUUGACCUAGCAGGGGCCCUGCCUUCCAAAGUUUCCAUCUGAGAAUCAAACUGAGGUGGUCUCUGAAGGCACAAUGUUCAGUUAAGGAAAGAAAGUGACCAACCACUAGAAAAUUUCUAGUUCUACUUAAAACAAAGAGCUGUGGUCUUCCGUAUUACAUCAAAAAACUACAGGAAUGGACUUUAGACAAAGCUUCACAAAGAAACUACUGGCUCACACGACUUAAUAAAAAAUAUUAAAGCCUAUCUGGUCAGUAAGAGGUGUGAUUUUUGGGGGGGGCCUUCUUAAUAUAAAGCCUGUUGUAGACAAGGUUAAACCUGUGCUGCUUCACUGAAUCACAAGAUCACAAGCUGCAUGGCUUGGAUGUCAAACCAGGCAUGUUAAAUUAUCAGAUUUUCUAGGUCAUAAUUUUUACAUCAUUAAAAUCUAAUUAUGCAUCAGCGUGAAGUUAGCUGCGAAUGAAGGUAAAAAGGCACACACACCCCAGCUUUUUUCAGCAUAAAUAAUUCUGCAACUAAUGGGCCAGUAAUCUGUGCCAGAAAUACAGGGCUGGUGACUAACGCACAUGUUGGCCGUGUCCUUGUUGCUUCCUCCUCUCUCUGCUGUCACAAUUGAGAUGUCGGAAAUCAGCUCCCUGCAGAAACUGGUUCCCUGAAGAACUUAAUAUAACCACUGAUACAUCUGACAUCCCAAAGAAAACUUAGCUCUAAGAGGAUAAUAUGCUUCAUUAUACAUUUAUUACUGCAUAUAACCAGAGACCAGCCACCAUGGAUCAGUUAGUUUACCCCACAUAUGAAAAUACUUUCUUGGGUGCAAUUUCAAAGUUGUUAAUUAGCUCCCUUCGAAUUUUCUGUAAAGUAUAGGACGAUGGCAAGUAAAAGCAAACUAUUUAAUAUUGGUGCAUUCCUUGAAGAAAAUAACUUAGGCCAAGCUACUACUUCUGGAUCUUGUCUCAGUGAAAAAUAAAAUGCUAACUGUGAAAA